AUGGCCUACGCAAGGCCUCUCGUGAUGUGCGAAGAAGUUAGAAACCCUUCUCUAGUAGUUCCCCGAUCUAUCAUGGGUAGCAUCACCAUCAAUGGCCUCUUGGGCUUCGGAAUGAUCAUCGCCAUGCUUUACAGCGCCACCGACAUCGACGCAGCUGUCGACUCUCCCACUGGAUAUCCCUUUAUGGAGAUAUUCUACCAAGCUACAGGGUCUGUCAACGGAACAGCUGGAAUGGCAUCACUAAUUGUUCUCAUGACCCUGUCGGCUACUGUUGGUGUUAUCGCCUCAACAUCACGCAUGCUGUGGGCUUUUGCUCGAGACAACGCCAUGCCUUUCUCAGGCACUCUCUCAAAGGUACUUUUCUUUCCCCUCGUGAAGCUUCUUGACUAA